GUAAUCUUGGCUGGAACAAGCACAUUUUUUACUCCCGGUUCCCCAAUAGAAUCCGAAUUUCCAAAGAAUGACUUAAAAGAAUACGAUUCCUUGCUAAGCCGUCCCAUCUUGAAUCACAAACGUAAU